CUACCUAUCAUGCUACCAGAAACAAGGAAGGGUAAUUAACGUUAAUGUGUUCAUAUGUAUGAUGGGAAGCUUAUAACAAAUUUCAGUCUCAGAAACCGAGUGUUAAGGGAAGAACUCCACAAAUGGAGACACCAUUAGUGGCCCAAAAGUUUACCUCAGAAUCUGACUAUUUGCCGGUGAAAAGGUUUGAGGAUGUUAAAUUUGUUUUGUGGACAGAGACAGUGAAGAUAUGGAGGAUAGCAUUACCAGUGGCAUUGUCCCAGCUAUUUCAGUAUCUCACAAAUUCCUCAGUUUCCAUCUAUGCUGGUCAUAUUGGAGACAUUGAACUCUCUUCUAUCUCUGUUCACCAAAGUGCCAUCAGUUCCAUCUGUUUUUACUUGCUGUUUGGUAUGUCAACUGCCCUGGCAACACUUUGUGGCCAAGCUUUUGGAGCAGGUCAAAUUCAGUCUACUUGUAUUUAUGUUCAAAGGUCAUGGAUUAUACUUACUAUCACUUGUAUAAUCCUAUUGCCUAUUUAUGUAUUUGCCACACCAAUCUUAAAAUUGCUUGGCCAGGAUGAAGGAAUAGCUGAUCUUGCUGGCACAUAUUCUAUACAAGUAAUCCCCUUCAUGUUUUCCUAUGCUAUAUCUUUUCCCAUCCAGAGAUUUCUUCAGGCACAGGGCAAGGUUAAAGUUAUUAUGUGCAUAGCAUUUGUGGUUUUGCUUAUACAAAAUGUGCUGCUUUACAUAUUCAUAAGUUCAUUUGGUUGGGGUACGACCGGCUUAGCCAUGGUGACUAAUAUCAUAGGGUGGCUCUAUGCUAUGGCUUUGGUUUUCUAUACCAUUGGUUGGUGCAAGGAAGAGUGGACUGGAUUAAAUUGGAUGGCAUUUAGGGAUUUGUGGGCCUUUGCUAAGUUAAGCCUUGCAUCAUCUGUUAUGAUUUGCUUAGAACAAUGGAAUGUUACAAUCAUCAUGCUCCUUGCUGGUCGAUUAGAAAAUCCUGUGAUUGCUGUUGGUUCCUACUCAAUUUGCUUCAAUUUUCAAGGUUGGUACUUCAUGAUACUCCUUGGAAUAAACACAGCCAUAAGUGUUCGUGUCUCCAAUACACUUGGCAUGUCGCAUCCAAGAGCGGCCAAAUACUCAUUCUGUGUGACAAUGUUCCAGUCUCUCCUCCUUGGUAUUCUUUUCAUGGCUGGUGUUUUUUUGACUAAAGAAGACUUGGCCAUCAUCUUUACCAACAGUAAGGAUAUGAUAGAAGCUGUUGCUGAUUUAGCAUACCUUCUUGGUGUAACAAUGGUUCUCAAUAGCGCUUCACAGGUUAUGUCAGGUGUGGCCAUUGGAAGUGGAUGGCAAGUUAUGGUUGGUUACAUAAACCUGGCAUGUUAUUACAUUGUUGGACUCCCUAUUGGAAUUUUCCUUGGUUUCAAGCAGCAUUUAGGGGUCAAGGGUCUCUGGGGAGGCACGAUUUGUGGCAUUAUUCUUCAAAUUUCAGUCCUCUUACUGAUUAUUUGGAAGACCAAUUGGAUAAAGGAGGUGGAGCAAACAGCACAACGCAUGCGAAUAUGGAGCAUUAACAGUAUCGACUAGGACGUCUCAGAAAAUGUAUAAUGAGAAAGGCUCUAUUCAAAAAAAUCAUUAUCAUUUAAAUUUAUUAACAUUUUCAAAAUUAUGUGAAAAAUUCUUUUAACGAGAAAUAAUCUUUAGAUAUUAUUGAAGACUGUAUUCAAAAAUAUAUUAAUUAAAAAUAUUUGUUUAUGUGAAAAAACAUUUAACUUCAUGAUUUGUAAUAAAAUUUAAAUCAUAAUAAUUGGUUUGGCGAUAAAAAAACU